GCAAUCCUCCGAAACGAUUAAUUCUUCCUCCUUCUCCAUCCAUAUCGAGAUCGUACCCUUGGCCGCCGCCCCUCCGACCGUUCUCCUGCCCCCCACCUCUCCCUCCUCUCCCACCUCUCCCCGCGUUGGGCCACCCUCUCGCUCGUCUCUCUAGUGCCGGAGAUCCACCACCCGUAGUCACAACAGCAUCCAGGGUCUCGCACUGUAGCACUGUAAAUUGUAACCGGCAUAGUCGUCCUCUCUGAUCCCCUCUCGACCCAGUGCCCAUGGCGCCAAGCGUUCGUGCUAGACUGAAGAGGGCCUUCAGCAGUCGCGCCAAAGCCGACGGCGACUAUCGCCCUACCACGGCCAACUCUCCAGACACUUCGUCUGCUUCCACGAGGCCCGAGGCUUUGCCUCUAACUCCAACUACACCGUCCGUCGCCGAGCCGCUCUCGCUCGAAUCGCCCGCCGUCGCCAGGUCACCGGCGCAAUCGGAGAUCACUGCAUCGUCGCUUUGGGAUCGCGCCUACGACCGCCUCAGAGCCGAGGAUGCGCAGUUGGCGGCGGAGUACGAGCAACUGCUCUCCGACGAGCUGCUGGAGACGGCAGAGUCAGGCGCGACGGUUCAGGCAGCCGGCGACGCUCACCAUAGUUGCCGGAUUGACCAUGAAAACCCCGGAAACCGCAAAGAACAGCUAAAGAUGAUAGUCGACCGCGCCCUGCUGCGUAUAGACGAGAACAGGACAGACUACACCCUCUUCGGCCGCCGGUUCGUCCUGCCGAUCCAGCACGCGCAUCCCCCUACGGGAAUCGAAGAUAUCAAAUCCCUUCUUAGCUACGCGGUUAGCGCGUCGCCUGAAGCCUCCUGGGCUUGGGCAGGUGUCUGCGCCGCUCUCCCUAUCCUCGCAUAUCAUGGCGCCGCCGAACAGGCCAACCGUGACGGGUUCGCCUACGUCGCCACCCGCAUGCGCCUCCAUGCUGAGCUAGAGAACCAGCUGAGGCCGGCGAUCUUGACGUCGUCCCCGGAGCAGAGAUGGGAGCUCGAGGGUCUACUUAUAGAUCUCUAUCGCCGUAUCCUCAACUUCCAGCUCAGGAGCGUGUUGCGUCUCUAUCGGACAUGGCUUGUGGGGCGCGAAGGCGACGACUCUCCGCACGAAGAUUGGAAGAGGAUGCUAUCCACGAUCAAAGACCUAGAGGCGGCUCUUUACGACGUUCUUAAGACUGGACGGGGUCUGGUCUCGGGAGAAGAGUUAGAAAGGCUAAUCCGGGAUGCGGAUCAAUCAGCCGAGAUUCUGUCCUCGUUCUUGUCGGUGUCUGAGCCACCGCCACCCGACCCCCCCGAAGAAGAGCAGGAACCUUUAGAAGAGACCGCUCUACCGACGCAAAUCGUGAGUGAACCCCUGGUGGAAGUGCACGACGCCGAUCCGGCGCCCGUCGACCUUCCGACGGUAGAUGAUGCACGUUACGACAGCGCCGAGGUUCAGGACAUUCCGAAGUGCUACGAAGCCACGGCGGCUAGCGUACGGGAGAGGAUCGUCGAAUGGACGAAGCAAGGAGCAGGGGAACCCAUCUUCUGGCUCUCUGGCCCCGUAGGCACUGGCAAGACCACCGUCGCCCGCGCUCUCGUGGACUCCCUCGCCGCCGAGGGCUGGCUGGCUGCUAGUUAUUUCUUCGACAGGGGAAGGGGAGGCUUCCGCAAUGGCACCGCUCGCUUCUUCUCCACCAUCGCCAGCCAACUGCGCGACACAAUUCCACGGUUCGAUGGCCAUCUACGAAAGUCUCUAGGCGGCCUCGGGAGGGGUGCGUUAGAGAAGAGGGCCCUCGAAGAUCAAUUCAAGAAGGUUAUCCUGGAUCCCCUCACACAUCUCUCCGAGGAGCCCGGUGGCAUGGCAAGGGCCAUGGUCAUCGUCAUUGACGCCCUAGACGAAUGUGCACGACACGAACACGUAACCCGCAUCCUUCACCUUCUGUCGCAGAUCCAGACGCUUCGCACCAUAGUUUUACGCGUACUCAUUACUAGCAGGGAUGUGGAUCAUAUCGCCGACGCCUUCCAAAAUCUCAGGACCGGCGGUAUCGUCUAUCGCCACUCGGACCUGCACCGGGAUUUCCACGACGAGACGAAAGCCGAUGUUUCCGCUUAUUUAAGAGGGACCUUGGCGGUGAUUAAGACUAAGAGGCAUAUUCUGGCAUCUUGGCCCGACCCCGAAGAUAUCGAUCGGCUCGUCGACUUAGCUUCGGACCCGUCACCGUUGUUCGUUUACGCGUCGGCCCUGUGUCGCUUUAUAGACGGGGUGUUACCCAAGAAGCGGCUCCAGCUUUGGUUUCGGCAGUGUGACAACAACGUUUCGCAACUAGGUAGCGUUUACCUGCCUAUAUUUCAAGACUUCUUCAAUGGCGUCGAAGAUGAGAUGAGAAAGGACGCGUUGCGAGUCCUCGGAUCCGUCGUCCUCGUCGCUCGUCCCCUCUCAGCUCGAACUUUAGCCGCUCUGCUUAGCAUGGACGAAGACGAAGUUUACGAUCUCCUCUGGCGUUUUCGUCUCGUGCUGGCCGUGACUGCUGACCGUGACGCCCCCGUGCGGCCGUUGCACAAGUCUUUCGGUGACUUCGUGUGCGGCAAAGCACCCUCCGACCUAGACAGCCCCCAGGUGGGCGCCGCGGAAACACAUGGAAUGCUCGCAUCCAAGUGCAUCGACCGGAUGAAGAGCAAGGAGAACGGACUCCGCAAAGAUAUGUGCAACCUCGGAGACUACGGGAAGCCGAGAGAAGAAAUCGACCCGGCCACCAUUGCCGAAGCUAUUCCACCCGAUCUUGAGUAUGCCUGUGUCCAUUGGGUGCACCAUCUGCGCCGCUCCGGCCGUUUUGCUCUCCCAAAAGGUGUUAUUUUUGAUUUUCUCGCGUGUUACUUCCUAUACUGGCUUGAGGUCCUCAACCUGAUAGGGGCCGCGGACGAGAGUCUUCCCCUGAUCCAUGUCUUGCAGUCCCUGUUCGAGGGAGAGGAAAGGACUCGCUUUGGACAAUUUCUGGACGGCGCGACCUCAUUCAUCCGACAUAGUCAAGGGAUAGCCAAGCGUGUACCGCUUCAGCUCUACGCUUCGGGGGUUUUGCUGGUCCCGGAACCUAGCACGAUAGGGAGCAUAUUCUAUCACGAGAAGCCUGGCAGAGUUUCCGUUGGGCCGUACCCGCCGCCUAGCCGUAGCCUCGAGACACAAGUGCUUGAAGGUUACGCUGCCGGAAUUUACGCGCUCAGCUUUUCUGCUGAUAAGAAGCUCCUAGCAGGGGUAUCGGACGACGGCAGGAUCACGGUAUGGGAUAUAGCGAGCGGGCGCGCGAUACAGCAGAUGGGAAACCGUACCACCGAGUGGGAACAGACCAGGGUCAGCAGGAUCGCGUUAUCCCCCGACGGGGAGCUCCUAGCGUCGGCAACGUGUUCUGGUAUCAUCAGCCUCUGGAAACUGAGAACGGGAGAGAUGCUACGAGAAUUCGCAGGACACGCCGACAAAGUUUCUGCUCUUGCUUUUUUUUCCGAGCAGCUGAUAGCAUCGGGGUCGGCCGAUCGGACGAUUGCGCUAUGGGACCCCAUGACGGGGAAGGAGUUGCGGAGACUCAAAAGCCACACGGCAGCGGUUACAAGCCUUGCCCUCUCUCCUCGACGGAAUCUCCUAGUAUCGGCGUCGAACGGCGGGACGGUCCUGCUAUGGGACCUAGCGAAUGGAGGCGAGCCAAGGGAGGUAGACGGCCUUAACGGCAAUAAGAACGCUAUCGCCUUUUCCGCCGAUGGUGAGAUAUUGGCGACGCAGUUGGAUGACCGGUCUAUCAAACUACGGGAUGUCAAGACGGGGAGCACGCUCUGGGCUUUUAUAGGCUACCGCGACGCGACGACUACCGCCUUUUCGUCGGAUGGAAAAUGGCUAGCAACGCCAGGCAGCGGAACGAUCACCCUAUGGAGUCUACAGACGGGAAAGGAAGACAUCAAAAGCUAUGGUCAGGCCGUCACGGCGGUGAAAAUUUCGCCAGAUGGCAAGUUAGCAUUAACAGUAGUGGGCCGUCGCGGGAUUGUAAUCUGGGGUCUACGAAUAGAAUUCCAACAGCUAAGACUCAACUUCUCUACGGAUAUUUUAGCCGCCGCCUUCUCGCCGGAUAGCCAGCUCCUAGCAGUAGCGUUGGGGGAACGGAAAGUUGUGCUAUGGAACAUAAUAACAGGGGGUGAGCAACAGAGUCUCGACGCACAUCACCGAACUAAACGGCGCCUGAUGGAAGGAGAUAUUGUCUUCUCCCCGGAUGGGACGGUAUUGGCAUUGGCAUUGCCUCGCAGCCCGAUACUGCUGUGGGAUGUUGAGACGGGACACGCGCUACAUAAACUUGGAGUUGGGUUCACAUCUAAUAUCGCUUUUUCACUAGACGGCGCGAUGCUAGCUUCGACGUCGGUGGAUAACGCAGGGUCAAUCGCCGGGCUGUGGGAUCUCCGGACAGCGGGUAGUGAAAGGAAGCUCCAAGGUCACCACAGAGAAGUGAACUGUCUGGCGUUUUCCCACAAUCACAAACUCGCAUCGGCGUCUCAGGACUGGACGGUCAGGAUAUGGGAUCCGGCGACGGAGAACCAGGAGCUAGAACUCUUCCACUGCGGGGUUCGGGCUGUCGCCUUCUCGCCGGACGGCACGCUGCUGGCGUCGGCGUCCAACUGCACCGUCAAGCUGUGGGACCUCGCGACGGGGGAGGCGCGGCGCGAGUUCGAGAUUGACGGCGUCAAGGCGUUAGCCUUCUCUACCCAGAAGCCCUUCCUGGAAACGAACAGAGGUAUCUUCAACAUCGAAAGCUACUAUGUGCCGGCCGGGUUUUCAGCGCGGACGAGCGCGAUCACGACCGAAGUGACGAUUCGGGAUGAAUGGAUCGUUCGGGAUUCGGAGCGCCUCGUCUGGCUCCCUCCCGAGUACAGACCCCGAUGUUCCGCCGUGAGCGGCGAUCGCUUCGUGCUGGGGUGCGCCUCUGGGAUGGUGGUAUUCGUGAAUUUUGAUCUGACAAGCGACGGCGAGCGAAAUGAGCUUGUGUAGCAUCCCCCUCCCGUACCACGAGAUGAGAAGGGGGGCGCGUCGUGUAGGCUGCGGCGGCGGGUUAGGCACGGUGAUAUCGCGAUCCUGUGGGAAGUAGGGUAGUCGAAGGUGCGGGUCUGGAAAAGGGGCGAGUACGCACUCCCACGGAACUGAAUACCGCGAUGAGGAGAGGGAUAGCUGUAGGAAACGGCGGGGGCUUCUCAUGUAUAUCUAAGAGUUUAAGUGGAGGAAUCGCUUCUGGGAAUAACGAGUUACGAUAGGGGGGUUAGGUCUAUACUCAUCGAGAGUAACAAGCACCUAGUGAUCUCCAGGCGUGUUCUUCUAGGUACCUACUUUAAUGCAGACACCAUCCAUCUCUACAUUAGGUUAGAUACCUAGGUACUUAUGCACGGGAUACCUGGCAUAAAUUACAUACCUAGUUACUCCAAUCCCGAGUUCUCGGAUUAGAG